AUGCAACCAAACAGAUCAGUGUCUGGCGAUAUGGAAUACAGGAAAAUCAAAGACGAGGAUAAUAUUGAGGAUGGUGUCGGUGGAGACAUAGGAACGUCAAGAGGAGUUUCUCCAAGUACUGUUGCUAGUUUUUCUGGUGGCGCAAUUGAUCGGUUGCAAUGGAAGCGCAAGACGAUUGUUACGCUUGCAUUAACAAUUCUUACAAGUUCACAAGCAAUACUUAUUGUUUGGUCUAAGAGAGCUGGCAAGUAUGACUAUAGUGUUACUACUGCAAAUUUCAUGGUAGAAACUUUGAAAUGUGCAUUAUCACUCGCAGCCUUGGCAAGAAUAUGGAAGAAACAAGGUGUCACGGAAGAUAACAGGCUGAGUACAACAUUUGAUGAAGUUAAAGUUUACCCCAUUCCUGCAGCACUUUACCUUGUCAAGAAUUUGCUUCAGUAUUACAUUUUUGCUUAUGUCAAUGCUCCGGGCUAUCAGAUAUUGAAGAAUCUCAAUAUUAUUAGCACUGGUGUUUUAUAUCGAAUAAUACUUAAGAAACAGUUAAGUGAGAUUCAGUGGGCUGCUUUCAUACUUUUAUGUGCUGGAUGUACCACUGCACAACUAAACCCUACUUCAGACCGUGUUCUUCAAACUCCUUUUCAAGGUUGGAUGAUGGCCAUUGUAAUGGCACUUUUAAGUGGUUUUGCGGGAGUGUACACUGAGGUGAAUUUCAAAGCAGAGUUUGCACCACAAUCAUUUGGAGCUGCAGCUCAUGCUAUAAUUAAAAAGCGUCCUUCGAGAAACAUAAAUGUGCAGAACUUCUGGUUGUAUGUCUUUGGGAUGAUCUUUAAUGCUAUGGCUAUACUGGUUCAAGAUUUUGAUGCAGUUGUGAACAAGGGCUUCUUCCAUGGAUACACAUUGAUUACAACUCUCAUGAUACUCAACCAUGCACUCAGUGGCAUUGCUGUAUCGAUGGUAAUGAAGUAUGCAGACAACAUUGUAAAGGUAUAUUCUACUUCAGUGGCAAUGCUUCUCACUGCAGUUGUCUCUGUGUUUCUGUUUGACUUUCAUCUGUCCCUUGCUUUCUUCCUUGGCUCAACUGUUGUUUCUGUUUCGGUGUAUUUGCAUUCUGCCGGGAAGCUGCAAAGAUAG